CGGGCUGCAGGGGACCGGAGUGCAACAGAAGCUCCGGGAGGGAGGCCGGCUACUGGGACCUGAUCAAGGGCCGGGAGCACUGGGGGAGGGCAGGAUCGGAGGGCACGGGUGAGCGGGGCUAGUGCCCAGAGGGCGUGGGGAAAGGACAGGAGCCAGGAGCAACAGGCAGGGCUGGAGCAGCCGCCUGGGGACCAGACAGGAAGAUGCCUGGGGGCCUGGGCGAGCCCUCCUCUCCCGCAGCUCCACCAGGUUCCUUCUCUGCAGCGCCGUCGGGGAUCUCUGCAUGCCCGCCGCCCCCGCACCUCCUGGCCGGGGGAUCUCCACCGGCCUCCAGUCCCCGUCGCAGCGCCAGCGUCCCGCAGAAGCUGGCGGAGACUCUGAGCAGCCAGUAUGGGCUGAACGUGUUCGUGGCAGGGCUGCUGUUCCUGCUGGCCUGGGCGGUGCACGCGGCGGGUGUAGACAAGAGCUACCUGCUGUGCGUGCUGACGGCACUCAUGCUGCUGCAGCUGCUCUGGAUGCUGUGGUACGUGGGCCGCAGCUACAUGCAGCGCCGCCUCAUCCGCCCCAAGGACACGCAUGCGGGUGCGCGCUGGCUCCGUGGAAGCAUCACACUGUUCGCAUUCAUCACCAUCAUCUUGGGAUGCUUGAAAGUUGCGUACUUCAUUGGAUUUUCGGAGUGCUUGUCAGCCACAGAGGGAGUUUUCCCAGUCACCCAUGCCGUGCAUACACUGUUGCAGGUCUAUUUUCUCUGGGGCCAUGCUAAGGAUAUUAUCCUGUCUUUCAAAACGUUGGAAAGGUUCGGGGUGAUCCACUCAGUGUUCACGAACCUGCUGCUGUGGGCCAACAGCGUCCUGAAUGAAUCAAAGCACCAACUGAAUGAGCACAAGGAACGGCUUAUCACUCUGGGCUUCGGCAACAUCACCAUAGUUUUGGAUGACCACACACCACAGUGUAACUGCACACCACCUGCCCUCUGCUCUGCCCUCUCCCACGGAAUCUACUAUCUGUAUCCCUUCAACAUCGAGUACCAGAUCCUGGCCUCUACCAUGUUCUAUGUGCUGUGGAAGAACAUUGGGCGCAGGGUGGACAACUCCAGGCACCAGAAGAUGCAAUGUAGAUUCGACGGGGUCCUGGUGGGCGCGGUACUGGGCCUGACAGUGCUGGCUGCCACCAUCGCAGUGGUUGUGGUGUACAUGAUCCACAUCGGGCGCUCCAAGUCCAAGAGCGAGUCGGCGCUCAUCUUGUUCUAUUUGUAUGCUAUUACCGUGUUGCUGCUUAUGGGGGCUGCUGGACUAGUAGGAAGCUGGAUUUACAGGGUGGAUGAGAAAUCUCUGGACGAGUCCAAGAACCCUGCUCGCAAGCUGGAUGCAGACCUCUUGGUGGCCACAGCCUCGGGCUCAUGGCUCCUCUCCUGGGGCUCCAUUCUGGCCAUCGCCUGUGCUGAGACCCGCCCGUCAUACACCUGGUAUAAUCUGCCCUACUCAGUCCUGGUGAUCGUGGAGAAGUAUGUCCAGAACCUUUUCAUCAUCGAGUCGGUGCACCUCGAGCCCGAGGGGAUCCCCGAGGAUGUGCGCACUCUGCGCGUGGUCACCGUCUGCAGUGGUGAAGCCGCCACACUGGCUGCAUCCAGUCUCGGGAGCCAGAGGUUGGCUCAGGAUGCCUCGCCUGCGGUCAAUGGGAAUCUGUGUCUGCAGCAGGGAUGCGGUAAAGAGGACCAGGAGGCUGGCCAGGAAGGGGCUGCGGGCACAGCCCGAUGUCUGGACUUCCUGCAGGGUGGAGUCAAGAGGAGGCUCCUUAGGAACAUCACAGCCUUUCUGUUCCUUUGCAACAUCUCGCUUUGGAUCCCCCCUGCCUUUGGCUGCCGCCCUGAGUAUGACAACGGAUUGGAGGAAAUUGUCUUCGGCUUUGAACCCUGGAUAAUUGUGGUCAACCUGGCCAUGCCCUUCUCUAUUUUCUACCGGAUGCACGCAGCUGCUGCCCUCUUUGAGGUCUAUUGUAAGAUCUAGCUUGAGUCCUCAUGAAAGGGGAAAGGACACUGGAACAAGGGGGCUCUUCAGCCACCCGGGCAGGGCUGGGCUGAGCAAACACUGUCUGACAAAGGCCGGAAGGAUGCCUUUUGUCUGCUUGACCGUGUGUCUGGAGGUGCCCUUGUCCUGGGUGACAGUGAACAGUUGGAUCAACUGCACAAGGUGGUUGGAGCCUGCUCCUGGUCAGCCAAUUCCAAUCGGAUCCAAAAUGAUUUGAGCUCCUUUUGGCUGAGACUCUGGGUUUUAGAGGAAGGCGAUCCAAGUUUGGGGGGGAAAUGAUAGGGUUUUUCAUAGUGUGCAUUUCCUGUCUGUAAUUUAUGCGAGUGUAUACAACUUUUUCCUGUCCAUCUGUGUUGCAAUCAAUUAAAAACAUUUUUUCCUUCUCAGGGCUACUAAGUUUAGAAACAAAUGCACUUUAGUUUGUAGUUUAAUUUUUGAGCUGGUUUAAUUUUUGACAAAAUUUCUUUUAAUUAACUGCAUGGGAAUGCAUAUCUAGAUUAAUGCAAACGUUUAGUGUUAUCUAAAAUUUUGGUUCAUUUUUAUUUGUGAUCAAUUUGAAGUAUUACAAAAUUUCUGUUCUCUUUUUUUGCUACAUCUAGCUCCAAUUAAUUAUGUAAAAAUCUGCAUACUUUGGAACUGGAGACAGGAAAAAUUACCCAUAUUGCAUUGUUAACAGUUACUUUGAACACUGCGGCACAUCUUUUGGCUGUGAGACGUGUAGAAUUAUUUUUAAUUGUUGUACCCACUAGUGAUAACCUGGCAUUUCUAAUUUUAUCUUCAUGCUUUCCUACUUGACAAUAUGAUGACACCUUUCCCUACACUGUCAUAAACUCCUUACAAACAUCACUUUACUGUUGUCAGCUAGUUUGUCAAACCAAUGCACCACAGUUGACUUCCUUUGCCUCUGUUGGUUUUAAAGUGCUCAUAAUUUUGCUUUCUUAAUUGGCUCUGCAAUCAACCAUGUUUGUAAAACAUUUCUUUUAUUUAAAAUUGCUUUUAAAGAGAGAUGGUUGGCCUUUCAUGUACAUUGGUCCCACAUCUGCAUUCAGCCAACUUGGAAGAAUGUUUUUAAGAAUUGGGUCUUGGGCCCAGGGAGAUGGCUUGCUGCUCUCAAAGAGGACCAGAGUUUGGCUCCUAGCAUGGCAUCAGUUGGUUUACAACUGGCUGUAAUUCUGGCUCCAGAGGAGUUGACAUUGUUUUAUGGCCUCUAAGGACACCUGCACUCACACUCAAGAGUGUACUUCCCUCACCCGACAAAUAAAGGAAUUGCCUAUUA